AUGGAUUCACAAAGCAAUUUGAAUCCUCCUUUGUGUGCUAAGGGUUGUGGGUUCUUUGGCUCUCCAGAGAAGAAGAAUUUGUGUUCAGAGUGUUACAGAGACUAUGUCAAAGAAGAAGAGUCCGUUGCUGCCGAGACUGCCAAGAAACUCUCUCAACUUGUGAUCAAUACCCCAUCUGCUGCUAAUGAUAAGAGCCCAGCUGUUUUAACUGAUGAAACAACUUCAAGUUCAGCCGCCGCCGCCGCCGCUGCAUCCUCUUCAACAGUAAAGAUUAAUAGAUGCGAAUGCUGCAACAAGAAAGUUGGAUUGCUGGGGUUCAAGUGCCGCUGUGAGAAGACCUUCUGUGGGGUUCAUCGACAUGCCACGGAGCACUCUUGCACCUUUGAUUUCAAGACUCUUGGUCGACAUAUUUUGGCCGAGCAAAACCCACUUGUUGUUUCUGAUAAGCUUCAUACUAGAAUCUGA